UUUGUCCUUUGUAAGAAGUGUCACAUUUAUUUGUUGAUGUUCACAUUUCCAUAAUAAUUGGGAUUUUGUUUUCGGAUAUUAGUUAAUAUACAACGAACUAAAAACAACUUAAUUUCUUGUAGCAUCAUGGAUCUUAAAGCAGAAUCAUGGUCCUAACUACUACUGCACUUGGUAAUAGCAUCCAGAGCCUAGACUGUGAGAUACAUACCUAUAUAACAAGAAAGUGAUGGUUUAAUGAUGAAUAGAAAGAAAAGAAGGCCUAGUUGAAACAGCAUGCCCUACUACAUGAAUGAAGUCCAUCCUGACUAUACCGCAGCAUCAGGCCUUCUACAGCAUCUCAGCAAUGAUGAACUAAAACGUCUAUUAAAUGAAGACCAGGAAUUGGAUGGAAUGGCUAAAGAUUUAGAACAGGUUAAGAAUAUUGAAGCUGAGAGAGUAAUGUUGCUGGCCAGUAACAAAAAUCUUGCUGAGUUCAACUUGAAUCGAGAGCCUUCCAUGCUUGAAACUCGCCAACGGUUGGCCCAUAUGUAUUCAGAAGCUCUAGAAUUAAAAAAAGAAGUAGAAGAAAAGAAACAAAAACUUGAUGAGAAAGGUAGACAGGUAUCACUGGACACAACUCUAGCUAUUCUUCAGACUUCAGCUGCCCAAUCAGAAGAGGAGACUGAAGAAAUGGCAGACAAACUGUUGAAUGGAGAUAUACCUGUAGAAGAAUUCAUUGAAAAGUAUCUGGAGAAGCGAAAAAUUGCACAUUUACGCAAAGUAAAAGCAGAGAAGAUGGCUGAGCUUCUUGCACAGAAGAGAAACCAGAGCAUAAGUAUGUUUUCUUCUAGUCAUUUUCAAGCAGGGAAUAGGCCUAGCAGACUUCCACCUGCUCCACCUUUUUAUCCAAAUCCACCUAUGGGACAGCCAUUGUAUGGUCCAGGAGUUCUGACACCACCUUCAUAUGGAAUAUCUCCUGUAAUGAGGAUGCCUAUGCCAUCGUACAGAUAGUCAUGUUAUCUACUAGUUAUCAAGAAUCUGUUAAAACCCAACUUUUCUUUUCUAUCCAAGAAGUUUGAAACAAAGAAAUAUUUAAAUAUCUUGUGUUUUUUUUUUUAAUUAACUGUUGAGUGCAGACAUUCACAGAAUUUAAUUUAAAGACUGUCAGAGUAGUGUUGUGUUUUUUUCAAGAUUUAAGGAGAUGAAACGUAUUACAUGUAUAUAUAUUUUAUCAUAUGUUCAAUAAAAUGAAAAAUACCAAUCAAGAAUCUAGUAAAUGUAUAUAAAUUUAGGGAAUGUUGGGGCCUUAAGUUAACAAAUUAUUGGUUUUUGGGAAAUAAAAUUGUGCAUUUAUGCUAACUUAUACAAGGUUGAGCAAAAGUCAACAAAUAUUAAAGUAUAAUAGUUUAGUAUCUUAUUUUCCCAAGUCAAGACAAAUGCUCAAAAUUGGUACUGACUUCAACAGUGCAAUGUGCCAGAUAAUGUCUAAGUCCUCCUAUGCUGUUAACAAGAUUUUGGUUGUAGAUUCACAAAAUGGACUAAGGAAGCCUGUGUGGAGGAAUAGUGAAGUCUCCAUAUUUUAAGUAUUAUUGGGAGAAAUAAUUAAGCAGUUAUAAUUUUUUUUUAAAUAAAUAAAGUUUGAGUGCAUUCCAAAAUUAAACAAUACUACUCAGCAUUGGAAUUACUAUGAUGUCACUGUUGGUUCAAUGAUGACCAUAAACCUGGAAUGCUUUGUUGACUAUGUUGGCAUUUCUAAGAUGGAUGUUAGGCAAAAGAAAAGAA